UUCUAUCAUCUAUGACACCAUCAAAUAGGCGGCGCCUACUUCCCAAAUGAUCGACACUUGUCAUUUGACAAACAGUGCAUCUUGAGUUGGAUUGACAUAUUGCUUAACCAACCGCCAUGGUGUUUGCUGUGGUGGCCCUUCCCCCUCCGAUGACGUAGUGUUACUGUUAUAAUUUUUCAGGAUAACAGGACGAAGGCUACUGUACUGAAGUGAGCUGCUACACUGUUGCACUAUUGGGGUCGGCUGAAGUGCAACGUUCGUUCAAAAAAUUAUACAACAGUUCUCUGCUGAUUUACAAGUACGGUAGUAGUAUGUCUCGGGAACAGCUGGUGGUAGAGAGGGCAAGGAGAGCCUUCCAGACCGGUAUGUCUAAACCACUGAAGUUCAGAGUUCACCAGCUUAAGAACCUGCACCGUUUCAUCACAGAGAGACACAAGGACAUUGCAGACGCUGUCAAGAAGGACCUUAACAAGACUGAACACAGCACAGAGUUGUUUGAGACCCUAGGUCUGGAAGGGGAGAUCGACGUGGCUGUGGAGAGGCUAGCAGAAUGGGCUGCCCCUCGGCCUGUAGAGAAGAGCCUCCUUACCAUCUUAGACGAGGUAUACAUCCAGCCAGAGCCCCUGGGAGUGGUCCUCAUCAUCGGGGCCUGGAACUACCCCUGGGCAGUGACUCUCCAGCCCCUGGUCGCGGCUAUUGCUGCAGGUAAUGCUGCUGUGGUUAAGCCAUCAGAGGUCAGCUCUCAUUCAGCCAAGGUCAUGGAGGAACUGCUCCCUCUCUACCUGGACAAGGAGCUGUACCCUGUAGUGUGUGGGGGCGUCUCAGAGACCCAGGAGUUGCUGCGUCAGCGUUUCGACCACAUCUUCUACACAGGGAACAGCACUGUGGGUAAACUGGUGAUGGAGGCCGCAGCCCGACACCUCACCCCUGUGACCCUGGAGCUGGGGGGGAAGAGCCCCUGUUACAUCGAUAAGGACGUCGACCUCAGAGUCGCAUGCCGGCGUAUCACCUGGGGGAAGUUUGUGAACUGCGGUCAGACGUGCAUUGCCCCAGACUACAUCCUGUGUGAACCCAGCAUCCAGAACAGAGUGGUGGAGGAGAUCAGGAAAUGCAUCACGGAGUUUUAUACGGACGACCCAAAGACCUUCGAGGACUACGGACGCAUCAUUAACCAGCGCCACUUCCAGAGAGUGAUGUCACUGCUCGAGGGGAGCACUGUGGCCAUCGGAGGAGACAGCGACCAGUCACAAUGCUAUAUAGCCCCCACGGUGCUGAAGGACGUGACAGGGGGCUCCAAGGUGAUGCAAGAGGAGAUCUUUGGUCCCGUGCUCCCCAUUGUCACUGUUAGUGGAGUGGACGAGGCUAUACAGUUCAUCAAUGAGAGAGAGAAGCCUCUGGCCCUCUACGUGUUCUCACCUGACAACAAGUUGAUUAGGAGGGUGAUAGCAGAGACUUCUAGUGGGGCCCUAGUGGCCAAUGACUGUCUGGUCCACUUCACUGUCAACACCCUCCCCUUCGGAGGGGUGGGUAACAGUGGUAUGGGACGCUACCACAGCCAGCACGGCUUUGACCAGCUCAGCCACCUGCGUGCCUGUCUCAUUAAGAAGCUGAACAUGGAGGAUGCCAACGCCAUGCGUUACCCGCCCCACACGGCUAAGAAGCUGGGCUGGGCGCGCUUCUUCUUCCUGAAGCGGGUCAACCUGCGCAGGCUCCGACGCAUGGCACUACUGGCCCUGUUCUCUGCCUUGGCUGCCUUCAUAGUACAGAGGUACCUGCGGUGAUGCUGAUGUGGUGAAACUACGUGAGGCUCCGCCAUCUUGGACCCUGAUUUAGACUUGUAGUGCUGGGGGGGCAACAGUUAUGGCUCAGUGUCAGUCAUAAACAUAACAAAAUUGCAAUAGUUCAUUUUAAAUCACAAUUAUUUAACUGUCAUUCAAACAAGGGUUAUGAAUCAUUAAUGAUUUUAGAGGUGUUUAUGAUGCCAGUAAACCUGUAUAUUUGAGGUAAUUUUUUUAAUUUCAUAUCGUGUCCUACGCAUUUCAUCUCUGUUGCACUGUUGUAAAUGGAUUCUAGCCUCAAUGGAAGACUGAGUACCGUGCAUUUGCAUUAUUCCUGAGAGUUUCCUAAAGGAGUGCAACUGUUUUGUAAUGUAAAGAAUGUGCCUCUUGUUGUGCUAGUUUUUAUACUGAUUAUUGUCAACAGUACUUUUAUGUUUAGUGUGAAAAGAAAACUUGCCUGCGUUAUAUACUGUAUAACAUUAACAAUGAGAUGAAAACAGACUUGUCUUCCACAGUGAUCAGUUUUUUUUAUUUAAGAUAUUAAAAUGACAUUUAGGCUUAGCUGUGAUGAAGUAAUAUAUAAUAAGACUGAGAAAAGUUAUUCAUUUCAAAUAAAAAGUUAUCUUGUU